GGAGAUCCAAGAUCCCUGAAGAGAUAACCAUAGCAGAAGUGAAAGGUCACAUUCCACGUAUAGAUAACGUGAGAAUGCCCUGUGGACAAAAUACGAAAGAAAUACUGUUCGUCUCUGUUUAUGUGUGUGAUUGUAAUAAACUUUGUAGUGACUCGUUAACUUCAGUGACUAUAGAAUGCCCACAAAAUGACACAGCUAGUGGAAUAGCUGAUGUAGCCAAUGGACUUCAGGUAGAAAUUAGCAAACGUAACUUCCAACGUAGCUUGGCUCUGGCAGGUGUUAUUAUGAAGACGUUUAAGUGGGGACAACAUAUUUCCAGUUUAGAAUUGUCAAAACGGCAAGCUUAUCUAUUGUGCUCAAAAGCGGCUAUAAAUACACUUGAAUAUUACAGCAGAAGCCUUUUCAGAGUACCUUAUCUUAUAAAUGAAGUGUUUGAUGUCUUGAAUGAUGUAAUGAAUAUAUUUUCGAGUGCAACAAUGUCAUGUAGAAUAAAGGCAUCGUUACAUCGACUAAUUACUGUAAUGAUCGAGCUACUAGAAGAAAAACAGUGUCGUAAAAAGUCACCAUUUGUUGAAUUUUGGCGGGCAUGGGCUGGUACCGGUGUCUUUACUCGUCCCGGUCAUGCCGACUGUUAUUCCUUAUCUGAAAGAAAGAUAGAAAUUCUGCUAAAUGUUUAUGAGUUAUUGACAAUAGAAAUGGUUUCAUAUGAGAGCUGUAACAACCUAGCUAACAUACGAGACAACAGUGAAGCACUUUUCAAAUUAAUGCUGACUAGUGUGGACACGGAUUAUCAUUCUAACUUGAUGCUGUCAACGUCUACUGCAAGUACAACCAUUUAUACCGCACGAGUUUAUACUUCAGUCUUGAACAAUGAACUAUUCAAGAUCCACAUCCGAUUAUUAAGACCCGGUCAUUAUUAUGCGUUGACAGAAUUAAAAACAUGUAUCAAUUCGUGGCUAUGUGGAAAGGAAGUGACAUGUCACCUUCAUAGAUUUAAUGUUUUUAUACACACCUUUUCAUCUUCUACAUUCCCGAAAAAAAGCGACUUGAAGAAGGCAUCACUUGAUUUAGUGCUCAGUCCUAUUGUUCAUCUCAAGAUGUGGACUUCUGACAAUAAUUUAGAAAGUGAGCUCAACAAUAGAAGUAUUAAAAUAUUGUUUCAAUCUCUGACAAGAGUAAAGAAGGUGGACACAUUACAGUGUGUAACAUGGAACAUAAACCUUUGGGAAGCAACACCAUGUCUUAACGUUAAAUUGAUUAACGGAAAUAUAGAAUGCAACUGUCCUAUAAUGAAAUACAUAGGGGUUUUCAGAACGUCUGAAAAAAAAAAUGAACCAAGUACAGUAGAAUUAAACUCCCGUGUGUUAAAGGAUUUAAUAACAGAAGCAGUCCAAGUGACCUUAGGUUUCAAUGCUACUAUCAAGGAAGAAGCUCCGGAGAUAGAAUCACACAUAAGGUAUCAGUUAGCUUCUAUCCUGGAGGUUGAAGAAUCGAGAAUCAUGAAUCUUGUGUUAAUAUCAGAUUUGAAAGUAGUCACCUUUGUCAUAAAAUUAGAACACAGCUCCAGGGUUUUAAGUCGACUUGAAGAUCUUGUAAGAAACAAAGAAUUGCGUCUAGUAGAUCAAGAUGGCAAUCUGGUGGAGGUUGUUCCUCAUCUGUUCUUUGUUAAAAAUGUGUUUUUGCCUUCAUUGUCAGAAAACAAAACGAAAUAUGGUACAAUUAUUUACAUCCUAGUGGCAUUGCUACUCGUUGUAAGUUUUCUGAUAUGCAACAUAAUAACCCUGAAGAAGAAGAUGAAACGAUGUAAAAGAAUUGGUGUACGUUCCAUACCUACCGAGACGAACAGUGUCUUCACAAGACAUGCAUAAUUGGUUUAGAUGUAGUGUUAUACUUUGUUGAGAUUGGUGUGAUAUAUAAAGUAAUUGAUAAUUAUCACUACAAUUGUAUAAAUGUUGCACAAUAUUCUGUAAUUACCCAAACACUGGGCACAUUGUUUCAUGAUAAUCAUUCACAACAAACAUAGUGCG